UCAUUUAUGAACAACGUAAUAUUCAUUUUGAAACAACGUAGUGCUUAUUCUAAUGUAGCGUUCUUUUUUGAGCUGCCUCAGUCCACCUCAGAUCUCGCCGCCGCCACGGUCGAGAACCGUUCCGUCAGGGUCGGCAGACUCGAACCGCCGCAACUCGGCGGCGGAGUAGCCGCUCAAGCGAUGGCAAUACGUAUCCUGAGGAAUCUAAGUUCAAAACAUGCCACCACCGGCGCCGCCGCCGUCUCUGCAACCCUCCAGUUCCGCCGCUGCAAAACCACUUCGGCGGCGUACGUAGCGUCGAGAGCAAGGGACAUCACCUUCGAGAAGCUCAUGGACAAAUACAAAAACCUGCUCCGAGUCAUCGCCAUCCAGGACCUCAUCCUCGCCAGCCGCUCCGAUCCGCCGUCCGUCUCCGUCGAUUUCCUCAACCGCCUGUCCCAGAGGCUCCACCUCAACCGCGGCGCCACCGCCUUCCUCCGCAGGUACCCUCACAUCUUCCACAUAUUCUACAGCUCCGCCAGAUCUCAACCCCACUGCUCGCUCACCAAAACCGCCAUGGAAAUCUCUCGAUUAGAAUCGCAAUCCAUCAAUUCCUCCCUGCCUCUCGUCGUCGACCGCCUAAUCAAGCUUCUCUCCAUGUCCCUCACCAAAACGGUGCCGCUUCGCGCCAUCUUCAAGAUCUGGAAAGAGCUUGGUCUUCCAGACGAUUUCGAGACCUCUGUGAUAUCAUCAAACCCUAACAUAUUCGCACUCGGCCAAGGAAACGAGCCCAACACGCAUGUACUGAAACUCGUAACCGAAAUCCCUAAAAACACUCUGGUCGCUUCCGUCGAAGAUUGGAGGAUCAAGGAGUGCUGCAGAGACGAUUGCAGCAUGGAUAGAACUGAAAUCCUCUACAGCUUCAAACAUUCGUAUCCUCCUGGAAUGAUAUUGAAGAGGGAUUUCAAGGCUAGGGUUAAACAAUGGCAGGGGUUGCCCUACACAGGGCCAUACGAUGAAUUCGAAUGCCAGGAGGAGGUGAAGAAGAAGAAGAAGAUGAGCAAGAGGAGAAUGAUGGAGAAGGAGAAGAGAGCGGUGGGGAUAGUUCACGAGUUCUUGAGCUUGACGGUGGAGAAGAUGGUGGAGGUGGAGAAGAUCAGCCAUUUCUGGCGGUGGUUUGGGAUCGAUGUGAACGUAAGGGACCUUUUUCUGGAUCACCCAGGGAUCUUCUACCUGUCAACAAAAGGGUAUAGGCACACUGUUUUUCUCAGGGAGGCUUAUGAGAGGGGUUGCCUGGUUGAGCCAAACCCUGUGUAUGAUGCUAGGAGGAAGCUUCUUCAUCUUGUCGCCAUGGGGCGUCGCGGGCGAAGGGGAGACCCAACCCAGGGUGAAGAAGAGUCUGAGGUGGAAGAGGGGCAAAAUAGGUAGAGACUUGAGUGCCAUUCAGUUCACUUUCAUUCUGAAAAAAAAGUUGAUUCUGUAGAUUUUUCAUUUCAGAAUCUGAUUUCUACUUCCAGAUUUUGCCAUGGAGUGUCGCCUAGAAGAGCAACAAGUAGACUUUGAGAGCCAUUUUGGCUUGCUUUGAUUGUGAAAGCAAGUUUUGUAGAUUUUCAGUUCAAUUCUGUAGAUUGUUGUAUGUGCUUUAGAUUUUGAAUAGAAUUUGAUUUAGGGA